AUGGACGGAUCUGGACUCGAGACCGAGCCGGAGGCAAUUGGGAUUGUGGAGCCGGUUCUGGAGAGUGUGAAGGAGGCGGCGGUGUCUGGAGAUGUGUCGAUAGAGCACAUCCCUCGUCACUUGCUCGUCGGCGCAGAUGCGGUCAACGCGCUUCGUCCGGAUAGCGACUUUGUGCGGUAUUCGUGGGAUAGACUGAAGGAGAUAAUCGGAUCGAAUCAGCUGUCACUGCUCGGUCGCGUGCCGUCUGAUCUACGAAAAUACAUUCUAUGGAAAGCGCAGACGAUUGAAAAGUACGGCAAAGUGUCGAAUUUCAUUCUACAGGAGCGGCUGCAUUGGGGACCAGGCGAGGAGCUUGCGGCGCCGAGUGGCAGCUCUCUGUUUGAGUGUCGGUCUGACUACAAGAUUCUGAUGAAUGAUUUCCCUUACGGCUUCGAAAAGGGCAUCGUGCACGUCGUGGUGUGGACCAAACUCGCGAUCCCGAAACUCGACACAGCGGUAGCAGACCUCACGCCCGCGGCACGAGCUGCAAUCGAGGAGUUUGUAGACAAGACGUUCCGGCUGCCGCUGGAGAUGCAGGUUGAGGAUAUUCUGUGGUUUAAGAAUUGGGCUGCGCUGAUGAGCGUUAGGGAUAUCGAUCAUUUCCACGUGUUGCUGAACAGGCCGCCGGUGGAUGAGCGGUUGGUGGAUAUUUUGGGCGAGGACGUGGAUGUGAAGAGGAAGUGGGCGGCGAUUGAUCCGAGGGUGGAGUUAUGA